ACUUCCGGGUCACGGUGACCUUCCUACUAAUCGGCGCCUGUAUCCGCCAUCCUUCUCUCUGCUACGGUAGCAGGGUACGACUAGCAGGACGAUAACAUGCUGUCAUUUCGUGUUGCAGCGGCCCUUGCCCGCACUCUACCUCGACGGGCUGGAAUUGUAUCCAAGAACGUUGCUGCAACAUGUGUAGGAGCCAAGAAUCUGCACACAACUCAUCCAUGGCUGCAAAAAACAGGCACAGCCGAGGUGUCGUCCAUUCUGGAGGAGAAGAUCUUGGGAGCUGAUACGAGUGCUGAUCUGGAGGAGACUGGCCGUGUGCUGUCCAUUGGGGAUGGUAUCGCCAGAGUUUACGGUCUUCGGAAUGUGCAGGCAGAGGAGAUGGUGGAGUUCUCCUCUGGUCUGAAGGGCAUGUCUCUGAACCUGGAGCCUGACAAUGUUGGUGUUGUGGUCUUUGGUAAUGAUAAGCUAAUCAAAGAGGGCGACAUUGUCAAGAGAACAGGCGCUAUUGUAGAUGUUCCUGUUGGUGAAGAGCUCCUGGGACGUGUUGUUGAUGCUCUGGGAAAUGCCAUUGAUGGAAAGGGCCCUCUUGGCUCAAAGACCCGUAGGCGUGUGGGUUUGAAAGCCCCUGGUAUCAUCCCCCGUAUCUCAGUGAGGGAGCCCAUGCAGACUGGCAUCAAAGCUGUGGACAGCUUGGUCCCCAUUGGUCGUGGACAGCGUGAGCUCAUCAUUGGAGACAGACAGACUGGCAAAACCGCCAUCGCUAUCGACACGAUCAUCAACCAGAAGCGCUUCAAUGAUGGAACUGAUGAGAAGAAGAAGCUGUAUUGCAUCUACGUCGCCAUCGGUCAGAAGCGAUCCACAGUGGCUCAGUUGGUGAAGAGGCUGACUGAUGCAGAUGCCAUGAAGUACACUAUCGUGGUGUCUGCUACUGCCUCUGAUGCUGCACCACUGCAGUAUUUGGCUCCCUAUUCUGGCUGCUCCAUGGGAGAGUACUUCAGAGACAACGGCAAGCACGCCCUCAUCAUCUAUGAUGAUUUGUCCAAGCAGGCUGUUGCCUACCGUCAGAUGUCGUUGCUGCUUCGUCGCCCCCCCGGUCGUGAGGCUUACCCAGGAGACGUCUUCUACUUGCAUUCCCGUCUGCUUGAGAGAGCUGCUAAAAUGAACGACAACUUUGGUGGCGGCUCCCUCACAGCCCUUCCUGUUAUUGAGACACAGGCCGGUGACGUGUCUGCCUACAUUCCUACUAAUGUUAUCUCUAUCACAGACGGACAGAUCUUUUUGGAAACUGAGCUCUUCUACAAGGGUAUUCGUCCUGCUAUUAAUGUUGGUCUGUCAGUGUCGCGUGUGGGAUCUGCUGCCCAGACUAGGGCCAUGAAGCAGGUGGCAGGUACCAUGAAGCUGGAGCUCGCCCAGUACCGUGAGGUCGCUGCCUUUGCUCAGUUUGGUUCUGACCUGGACGCUGCCACUCAGCAGCUGCUAAACCGUGGCGUUCGUCUGACUGAGCUUCUCAAACAGGGACAGUACUCUCCCAUGGCUAUUGAAGAACAGGUAGCAGUUAUUUAUGCUGGUGUGAGGGGACACCUGGACAAAAUGGAGCCCAGCAAGAUCACUAAAUUUGAGAAGGCGUUCUUGCAGCACAUUUUGAGCCAGCACCAAGACCUGCUGGCAGCUAUCAGGGCCGAUGGCAAGAUCUCAGAGGCAUCCGAUGCCAAGCUUAAGCAAAUUGUGUUGAAUUUCCUCUCCAGCUUUGAGUAAAGUCUGGUAAAGUGGUCUGGUUCUUUUCAUAGUGCAGAACAAAACACAAGUGGCACUUCAUCUUUGUUGUACAGAUAUCUCUUAACAGAAUAAAGUAUUCAACUAAUUGA